AUGAGCCCGAAAACGUCGGUCCGGACGCCGACGGCCAAGUGGCCAAUGAUCGUGGCGCUGUCCGUCAUGUCGGCCGCCAUCCUCGUGGCCGCGAUCGCGUGGACGGCAACCGGCCAUCUGCAAGGGACGUCCACCGAACGUUUCGACGGCACGGUCACCGAAUUGGUCAUCGCCGUAAACGACACGGUCGCCACUGACUUCGACGACGUUUCGCAAUCCGAUGAAACUCGAACGAUAUCUAUGGUUCCCGAGUUCCUUAGAAAAAAAUCAUCAAUGGUCGAUUUGUCGGAUGCUAGCCGGUUUGAACGAGAAUACGUUAAGCCAGUAAAGUCAAUACCUGAUUCAUUGCAUACACACGAUAUACUUUAUGGCGGUGACCAAAAUAGGCUCGACAGAGAAAAACUUGUUAAACACCAUUCUGGACAAUAUCGACAUAAAACAGCAUUUAUUUGGGAUCCUCAUCCUCAAUACAAGUUUACAGCAUUUGGACAUCUAUUUCAUUUAGUGCUUAUUCAAGACUCUAAAUUCGUGUCUCCUGAUAUUAAAAUUACUCGCAUGAAGCAGAACGAAUCUUGGAGAGAACCACCCAAUGUGAAGGUUAAUGGGUGUUUUUAUUCGGGAAAUGUUUCUGGUGAACCUGGUUCAAUCGUUGCCGUAAGCCUUUGCGACGGAAUUACAGGAUACAUUCGCACAACUAGCGGUAAUUACUUUAUAGAGCCUGCAGAGACAACAGAAAACCACGUAACUCCGGCAUUACACAGCAUUUACCGAUCCGGUCAGUUGGCCGAGGGUGACAAGUCGCCCGGACAAACGCAACGAUCGCAUCAACCGGAGAAAAAUUGCGGAGUACAAGACAAUGAAGGCACUAGUGAUUUGGAUACAAUAACUGACGAAUAUAGUGCCACCGCUGAAGUUAAACCAUUUAUUGUUGACAGCAGUACGAAUAGUUUAACAGAAAACGAUAUAUUUUUGAGUUCUACUAGUCUACCAAACACACAAAAACUUAGGAAGAAGCGAUCGUUGACUUCAGAAUACGUCGUAGAAUUGAUGGUCGUCGCGGACAAGAAAAUGGCUGACUACCACGGAAAGGAGCUUCACAAUUACGUACUUACCCUUAUGUCGAUCGUUUCAAAAAUAUAUAAGGACAAGAGCAUAGGGAAUCCGAUGCAUAUAGCCGUGGUUAAGUUGGUCGUCUUGAGAGACGUGCAUUUUGUCGAAAACCGUAACCGAUUGGGCGGCAUUGCAGCUGCAGACAUGUUGCACAAAUUUUGUGAAUGGCAAAUUCACCACAACGAUGAGAGUGAUGCCAGCGCGAAUCACCACGAUUCCGCACUACUAUUAACCAGAGAACACGUCUGUCGAAAUCAUAAUCCGAAAAAAUGUGAUAACACCCUGGGAUUGGCACAGUUAGGCACUAUGUGUAAUGUUAAUAGUUGUGCAAUCGUACAGGACAAUGGACUCAGCGCUGCGUUUACAAUUGCCCACGAAUUGGGACACGUAUUGAGUAUGCCACACGACGACGAUAAUAAAUGUAAAGAUUUUGGACAGAAAGACGGAAUGCAUAAUGUCAUGUCAAGAAUGUUGGAUCACAAUUCGCAUCCGUGGACCUGGUCGACUUGCAGUAGACAUUUUUUGACCGAGUAUUUGGAGGCUGGAAACGGCAAAUGCCUUCAAGAUGAUCCCAGCAAAGAUUAUCUUGAAAUCGAAAACCAGACUCACGAAACACAUUUUGCCGGUGAAAAUUAUUCGGGAGACAAACAAUGCGAGUUUAUUUACGGGCCUGAAUCAAAAUUAUGUUCUUAUAUGCCGGUGUGUCAGAGAUUAUGGUGUACAACUAGUUCCGGUGAGAAAGAUGGCUGCCGCACACAACAUAUGCCUUGGGCCGAUGGAACACAAUGCUGGAACAGUAAAAACUGGUGUCAGCAAGGAAAAUGUGUGCCUAAAGAUCGAAAUGCGUUAAAACCAGUCGAUGGUGGUUGGGGGCCUUGGCAACCUUAUGGUGAAUGUACGAGAACAUGCGGUGGAGGUGUGAAGAAGAGUUACAGAGACUGUACCGACCCGCCGCCGUCAAAUGGCGGAAAAUAUUGUACCGGAAAACGUGUCCGAGUGCGGAGUUGUGCGACGAACGACUGUCCGCCGGGCACUCCGGAUUUCCGCGGUGAACAGUGCGCAAUGUUUAAUAACCAUACAUUCAACAUAGCAGACCUCGAGCCAAAUGUUCAGUGGCUCCCAAAGUACGGAGGAUACGACGAAGAACGGUGCAGGCUGUUCUGCCGCGUGGCCGCGUCCACCGCGUACUAUCAGCUAAAGGAGAAAGUGGUGGACGGUACGCCGUGCGCUCCGGACAAGUACGACAUAUGCGUAAACGGCAUGUGCGAGAAGGCUGGCUGCGACCACGCGCUGGGCUCGGACAGCCAGCUGGACCUGUGCGGCGUGUGCGGCGGCAACAACUCCAGUUGCCAGCAGGUGGUCGGCACGCACAACAGCAGCUCGCCGAACGGCUACUCCAAAGUGUUGCGCAUCCCGGCCGGGUCGUCCAACCUGGACAUCCGGCAGCACGGCCACAACGGGUCCAGCAAGGACGACAAUUACCUGGCCCUGGUGGACAGCGCCACCGGCGAGUACGUGCUCAACGGCAACUACGUGCUGAGCACGUUCAACAAGAUCAUCGUGUACGGCGGCACGGCCAUCGAGUACAGCGGGUCGGACGCGCCCGUCGAGCGCAUCAACUCGUCCAGGCCGCUCAACAAGGACGUCACCGUCGAGUUGUUGUCGAUUGGAAACUCGUACGCUCCGGAUAUUGUAUACCAAUACACUGUGAUGCGAGACGAACGGGACGUCUACGUGUGGGCAUUGACUGAUGAAUGGGGACAGUGCGAUAAGAUAUGUUCCGGUGAACAGACGAAGAUUUACGUGUGCGUCAGAAAAGAAACCGGCGAAGAAGCCCGAGGUUAUUGUAGCGAACACGAUGUACCCCGCACGAAAAAGCAACCGUGCAAUCUCCACUGUACCAUCAAAUGGAAGACUGUAAGUCUGUCUGAAUGUUCCGCUCAGUGCGGCCCGGGCACAAGGACGCAGAGCGUUGUGUGCGUUCAGGAGUACGAUAAACGAGCACCUUCUCAAAUUGCAGACACUAUGUGUUCUCAUUUACCAAAACCUGCUAAUACUAUUCCCUGUGACGGAAAAUGUUUGGAAUCGAGAUGGUCGUUUACAGAAUGGACUCCCUGUUCAAAGACCUGCGGGUCAGGCGUUCAACACAGGGAAGCACACUGCGUGAAUGACAAUGGUGAAUCGAGAGACGAAACGUCGUGUAAUGACAGUGAGAAAAUAAUUACAAGAGUGUGUGGGACAGAUAAAUGUCCCCAGUGGUCCGCCGGAGAAUGGUCAUCGUGCUCGGUGACUUGUGGUGAAGGACAAAUUGAGCGUUCCGUAUGGUGCCGUAUGGACAACGGUAGAGUGUUAGCUUCAGAAUAUUGUGGUUCAAAUAUGCCAGCCACUAAAGAAACGUGUUCAAUGAAACCAUGUCCAGCUUGGACAACUGGUCUUUGGUCUCAGUGUUCCGUUACAUGUGGCGUUGGAAUAGUGAGACGUAUGGUGCGAUGUAAUGUACCAGAUGAAUCUGCAUGUGCACUGAUCGCGAAACCACUCGAAGAAGAAAAAUGCAUUUUACACCCAUGCCCAGCAGGUGUAGACGAUGAAAUAUAUGAAAAUGAAAUUCUGAGUAAUGGCGGUGCACAUGACACAAAAUUUAUACAGAGCAACAAGUUCUAUACAUGGCGAACAGACCAUUGGUCAAGUUGUUCAGCUUCAUGCGGUAACGGUUAUAGAAGGCGAACUAUUGACUGCAUAAAUACGAUCAGCGCCAAGCCAGUUUCGUGGAACCUUUGUAAAGCAAAGAACCAACCGAAACGCGUCGAAUUGUGCAUCGCUCCGAUGUGUGUUACCUGGCGGGCCGACGAAUGGAAAGAAUGUUCGGCUGAAUGCGGAAAAGGUUUUGAGGAGCGCGAGGUGACUUGUGUUUCCUCGGUCAGUGGUAAACUCGUGGACGAAACCCAUUGCGUAGUGCAUAAAGAAAAACCGGAAGCCCGAAGGUUGUGCGAGAGCCAUAAAAGCUGUAAGCCGGUGUCGACAUGGAGAACUGGACCGUGGGGAGAAUGCUCGGAAGUAUGCGGAGGAGGCAUAAAAGAAAGGAAAGUGGUAUGUCAACCAUUUGACGGAACAAGAGAACUAUUUGACGAAGAAAUGUGCGUGGAUUCUAAACCGUCAUCUUCAAUUCCGUGUAACGAACAUCCGUGUAAAGGUCAACCGUCAUACGUCACAAUAGCCUGGAACUUCGGGGAGUGGUCAAAGUGUAACGUCACGUGCGGCAAGGGACACCAACAUCGGCAGGUGCAGUGCCAGAACAACGACGGUUCCAUACUGGCGGCCGCGCAGUGCGACGGCCUGGAAAAACCGGCGGCCGUGCAACCGUGCCGGACGUUCGUGCCGUGCGCCAAACCGACGACUGCGGCCGCGGUCAGCACGACGACGGCGGCCGUCGCGACGACGACGACAACGGCGGCCACCGCGGCGACGGCGUACAGAUGGAAAACGUCGCAGUGGUCGGCCUGUUCGGUGACGUGUGGCCCGGGCACGCAGAACAGGCGGGUGAGCUGCCGGCGCCACCACCACGGCGCCGAUCCACAGGGCAGGGACACGGCGGCCGACGACCGGCGGUGCGAGGCGGCCGUGGGCCGACCGCCGGCCGCGCAGAGGCCAUGCCCGCAACAGCGGCCGUGCGUCUCGGCGACGUCGGUGGCAGCCACGACUGCCGUCGACGAUUACGGCUGGCUGCCGGACGAGUGGCGCGAGUGUUCGCACACGUGCGGCAAGAAGGGCCGGCAGACGAGGCGGGUGUUCUGCUUCCACAGGGCGGCCGCCAAGAAGGUGCGCCGCAAGCACUGCGACUGGGCCGCCCGUCCGCCCCGGAAGCGCAAGUGCAACCAGCGCCGGUGCGCCGGUCACGCGUCUUGCGCCGACGUCCUGCAGAAACAUUCGCUGCAUGCCAACGUGGCCGCCGUCCUCGAGGACAAGGAGUACGUGAUCAACGUGCUCGGGCGCAACGUGUCCGUCUACUGUCACGGCAUGCGAUCCGGCAAUCCCGUCGAGUAUCUGACCUUGUCCAAGGACACCGAAAACUAUUCCGAGAUCUACGAACAGAGACUUAAAGAACCGAGCACGUGUCCGUUCAACGGCGAACGCCGUCCAAACUGUCCGUGUGACAACGUGCCUGUGCCGUCGUCCGGACUGACAGUGUUCACGAAGAUCCGUUUAAACAUCACUUCGUUAAGAGUCGAUUCAAAGGAUUAUACAUUCUCCAAACAAAUCAAAGGCAAACCCGUACCAUUCGGCGAGGCCGGUGAUUGUUAUAGUAACUCGAAGAGGGGUUGUCCGCAGGGCAGGUUUAGCAUCGACUUGUCAGGCACCGGCAUGAGAAUAUCGCAUGAUACCACUUGGGUGGGCAAAGGGUCGAAUACGUCAUUUUGGGUGAACAAGAUAGAGGAUAACACGAAAAUAGCCGGCAGAUGCGGUGGUUACUGCGGUACGUGCGUGCCGACUCAAGGGUUAAUAUUGGACGUGGUAACACCAUAACAACACAAUAAUACUAUAUAUUAUUGUUUAUGAAAUUAAAUUAAAUUAAUUUAAUAUUAUAUUAUGCGGCCAAAAGCGAUCACGGUUGUACGUGGCGAUCAUCGAACACAGUAUUAUUAUUAUUAUCACUAUUAUAUUAUAUUAUUACGCAUACCUAUUAUAAUAAUGUAAUAUUAAUAAUAUGUCUGACGGAGAAUACUCUGAUUACACGUACGGCGUUCACGAUAUUAUUAUUAUUUAUUAUUAUUAUCGUCAUGAUUAUUACUAUUAUAGUUUUAUGACAUCGAUUACCAAAACGGUCUGGAAAAGUGGAGACACAUUUCGGACCGAAUAAGUAGGGCCAUAAAACUAGGAUAUAUUAUUUUUUAUUUACACAGUUCGUUUUUAUUUUUUCAUCAUUACUAGCAAAGACUACGGCGUGCCAUUUAUAUCCAUUAAUAUUAUUUUAUUAUUAUUAUUAUUAUUUUAAUUUUUACCACCUAUUAACUAUACUAAUAGUGGAUAAUCGCGUUUUUAUAAUUCACAAUCCCGAUAUUUUUUUUUUUUUAAGUUAAACAAUAAUUAUUGAAGAAGUUUUUUAAUCGGUCUGUUAUUUACGCAAUUAUACAAAAUCAAUUACUGCUUCAAACGAUCGGAAUGCUUUUUCCGUUAUAACACUACUUUUUUUCAAGUCAAUCAAAUUUGAUUGCACAUGAUUUUUAAAAACUAUAUAGACCGUGUACAUAUUUAUCCACUCAAUACCGUUUUUUAAAACAAUAUAGGUAAUAUAGUAUAAGAAUUCAAAAUAUAAUUGUAGAUUAAGAUAAAUUUGUCCCUAAUAACUAUAAUUAUUAAGUGUAUUAACUAAGUACCUAACUAUAGUUUUGACGAGUUUCAAUUGCAUAUAAUUAAGUCAUUUAAAGUCGGUCUAUGUGUGUUCAAUUUAAUUUAAUUUUUGUACAUUUUCCAUGUUAUUAAAAUAUAGUAUGUGUGCAUGUGCCUAUACCACAAUAAAAAAGGCAUAUUAUUUGUAAUAAUUAUAAAUGGUCAGUAUUAAGAACGAUAUUUUAAUCUGAUACGAACAAAGACUUCCUUUUUAUUUUAUUUAUUAUUUUUUUUUUUUAUUUUUACUAUUUUAUUUUUUUUUUUUUUUUGUUGAUCUCUAGUCAUAACAUUUUCGUGGUGUUUAAACCACAUUAACAUAAUAUUAUAUGCAUAGGUAUAUACAUAGAUAUAAUUAUUUAAAUAUAUAGCUAAAUUUUAUACGUUUCCUUAUACAUAAUUGAUUUUAUA